UACCCGCAGGGAUGGCUGUGAAGGAGGGGAGGCAGAGUGUCGUGCAAUGGUGGUCCUGGCACGGCACGGACUUUCCUGAGCUCGCCACGCUUGCGUGCCGUGUCCUCACACAGCCCGCAUCGGCGGCAGCAUGCAAGCGCAACUGGGCCGUGUGGGAGUCGGUCCACACAGCCAAGCGCAACCACUUGGGGUUGGAGAAACUCAGCGACCUCGUGUACGUUGCGCACAACUGGAAACCUGCCUUUUAAUGUCCUUUUUGUUUUUGUCUUUU